UUGAGACUCAAAUUCCCGACAGCCUUUGCGGCGAGGACGACGUCAGCCGCCACUUGCUGACAUAGGCCCUCUGAUUGGACAAAACCAAAAGAGGGGUGGUGCUAUGUUUACGCAAGACCACACAUCCGGUUGGUCAAGUUAAUUAGUGUGAUGUAGACAAAGACCGGAAGUUAAAUAUUCUUCCUUCAACAUAAAAGAACAAAAAAGGAGGGAGAAAAGGAUUGUUGGUGUUGUUUCUAUUUCCAUCUGAGGGGGCUGGAGAAAUGCACUAUUAAAGCAUAUCAUCAAUCAAUAGGGUGUCUUUAAAAGCCGGGGUUAGUCUGUCUGUACUGAUUAAAUGUUGCACAGUCUUACAUUAAUUUCUAUUUAAUGAAAUUACUGCACAGCAAACCUUGGACCAGGGUGUAAUCCAGCACACACACAGCACAUAGCUGCGUAAGAGGGGGAGACAUAGUCAGGCCAGGCAGCUUGUGUGUUGAUUUGGAACCACAUAAUCUGAUCAUGGCAGUGCACUGAAGAAAAUCAUAACAAAGGCUGUAGAGGUUACCAAGGGAUAUGCAUAUUUUUUUUAAAACUACAUAAUUUAUUGUGUCUUUAAAAUGUAAAUCUUUAAAAGCCCCCCCAAAAAAGUUAUAAAUUAUACCAUGCAUUUUACCAAAUUCACUUGUUUUAUUAUCCUAACUGCAGGUCACAAUAUUAUUGUGGUGGUUUUCAUAACUUAUUACAUGUUUUUUUCACAUUGGACCAAUCACUAAUAUCAAGACUGAAGGGUCCAAUCUGUAGUUAAUUUGUUGUAAACAUAAAUUUAUUAUAAGAAUAAGAAUGUCUCUGAUGUGUUCAUGGAGUUAUAGUUAGCGCUUUUAUUCUGAAAGGUCACACCGGAAGUGUUAGCAGUGUGCUAGCUGUACAACGCUACCUGAUACCGCUGUGUCAGUCCAUGUUGACAGAAUGGCAGCGUGUUGAGUUCAGUGGUAGUUUGUGUUGUUAGUUACAGGUGAUAGUAGAAGUGUGAGACCGGACAGGUGGAUGAGCUGCGGUACCGGAAGCUGUUAGCGAUGUUUUGGAGCUCAGCAGGUCAGCGGGGAUGUGUCGGACUCCUCCGCUGCUGGUCCCUCACAGCCGGCACCAGGACACUCUCAACCCCCAAGUGUCCUCUGCAUACCUCACGGCUCUUCUCCAUCUCUGCUCCCUCCAAGUGUCCCACUCAGGAGGAGGUGAAGCCGCCUCUGAGGCAGUGGGCUCUGGAGGUGAGUCCCUUCAGCACCGUGCGGGCACAGCUGGGCUGCAGCAUCUCCGUCCGCCCGCUGGACGUGCACGCCUUCCCGGAGGCUGACCGAGCCUUCGUCUCCGUCCACGGGACAGACACCGAGCCAGAGGUCGACCUGGACCACCUGCACGUCCGCUAUGAUGAGCAGAAGAAGGAGCUGCUCAUCUCAGCCGAGAAGGUCCACAGCAGCGUGCUGAUAGAUCUGUCUGCACCUAUAAAGAACAAUCUGUUCAUCACGACUAGAGGGGAAGGCAACGUGCAGGUGAAGAACAUGGACUGUGAUGUCUGCAAGGUGCACACAGAGAUGGGAAACUGUUUGCUGCACUCUGUCAAGGCGCACCGAGUUGAGGUCAAGUCCAGUGGAGGUGAUGUUACAGGCUCAGGCACCAUCCAUGGGAAUGUGGACAUCAGCACAUCUGGAGACAGCGCAGUGGACGUCAAGAAGCUCCAGGGCACCAAAAUGAAUGUUUCAACAGAACGUGGCCCUCUGAAGGUCAAAGCCAUCUAUGCUGAGUCCAGCUGCGUCUCCUCCUGCUCGGGCAGAGUAGAACUGGGGCAUGUGCACGGUAACGCGACUGUGAAGAACAUGUCUGGAGAUACAGUUGUUGACGGUUCAAACAAUUUCCUGAAGGUUUCCUCUGACAGUGGAGGCAUCGACGUCUACGUGGGUGACGGUGGCAGCGCCGAACUCCACAGUCAGGAAGGAGCGUUGUGUGUGCGUGUCCCCUCCUCGCUGAAAGCUGGGGUGGAGCUCUGUGGAGCGUCGGUGGAUAUCAGCCCAGAGGUUGUUCUGCAGGGAGUAGAAAACAACACAACUGAAGGCCAAACCACAGUUAGUGGCUAUAUGAACGGAGAGUCUGCAGUGGACCGGUGGGUUAAAGCUCGGGCAGACAGAGGCUCAGUCAGACUGAAGACACAGAGCUGGUUUGAGUCCCUGAAGCUCGGGAGCUGAUUUAUGAGUGGAAUGAUUUCCAUUCACAAUGCUGAGACCAGAUGUUUACUGUCGCUCCUCCAGAUGGGAUGAACCAUUGAUACACUGAAGCAUUUCGAACUCUGUGCUCAGCAUGUACUGUACUUUUCAUAAGGAAAUAAUGUAUUGUGUAAAGUAUUUAACAAAUACUCUGUACGUGUUAAAAAUCACUGUACAUACACUUGAUCUGAAAAGCAUGUCAAUGCAUCACUGAAUGUUAAUUAGUUGCAGUUUGCCUCUUGAUAUUUUUUACGUUCACUGUUUUGUUAUUAUAUCUUCUGUAUGGUAUGUAAAUACAAUAAAAAUAUAUGUCAGCCUUUGCCAAAAGCAUGAAAA